UAAGUGGUUUCGAUGUGAAAGGGCUUCAUGAAAGUAGGAAAGCAGCCGAAAAAGAAUGGUGAAUACUAGACACCGAGCGGAAAAUCGCUCGGAUGUGCCGUUUUUGUCUCAUGAAGGUUUCGACAAGAGGGAACAUGAAGCGAACGGUGAGGAGACGGAUGAGAGUAGUGGUGUUGUUGACUUUUCUCCUAGGAGACUCAGAAAGUCAGUAAACCAGAGAAGUACUAGAGCAGCUACCAGACGCAGGUUUAUUAUACAUGAUGAUGACCCAACAGAUGAAGAAAGUGAUUAUGAAUCCCAUAAGAAACCAUCACCAAGGCCAGUACGAUCCGUUCGUAGAAGUCGGCCAAUCAUGGAGGAGAAGGAAGAGGUGGCAGUACGCCGCAGUAGCCGACAGAAGAAUCUGCUUUAUGGGACGUUUGACCCCAAGAUUUUGGAUAGGGCCUUGUAUGUUGAUAAGCAGAGCUAUGAUCAUAACGAAGACAAUCCCAGAAAGAAAAGAAGAAUGGAAGAAACAGAUAAUGUUGAUGACAUGGAAGAAAGCAUGUACAGCCGAGUUAAGAGAGUGAGGAAGCCUGUAAAGAGAGACAUGUAUGGAAUGCCUGUACACGAGUCAUCAGAAAGUGAAUCCAGUGAAGAAGAAGAAGAGGAAGAAAAUGAUGAUGAAGAUGGUGAUGAGGAAGGUGAAGAAAAUAAUGAAGAGGAAGAAGAGGAGGAUGACGACGAUGAUGAUGAUGAUGAAGACAAGCUGCCUCCUCAAAUCAAGUAUGAGGACAUUAUAUGCACAUAUACCGUAAGGGAACACAAACCUAGAACACAGCUAUUUGAAGUGCCAAUAGAAGAGAGACGGCGAAGAAAACCUACAAUAUUUGCUGAUGCACCAGAUUCACCAGUCAGACGGAAGAAGAAGCACUCGCCAGUUUACCGUUCUCCAGCACAUCGACGUGUCAAUCUUAGAAGAAAGAGAGCAUUCCAUGGCAGCUCCAGCACCUCUUCCCCAGCUUCAGGGUCCAGCAGUGAUGAAGAGCACUUCCAGAGGAGGAAGGCCAAAAGUAUGGCCCGGGCUCGUAAUCAGCUCCUGCCUAUGAACCUAACAGACAAAGAUAUCGUGGGAACCAUGAAGGACAGACAGAGGAUAGGAGCCAGUCUGGCUGAUAUCGACCCAAUGACAAUUGAUAAAUCUGUAACUUUUGACAGUGUUGGAGGCCUAGAGAAGCAUAUCAGAGCUCUGAAAGAAAUGGUUGUUUUCCCACUUCUCUACUCUGAGGUCUUUGAAAGAUUUAAAAUUGCACCUCCAAGAGGAUGUCUGUUUUAUGGACCACCUGGUACAGGGAAAACUUUGGUAGCAAGAGCCUUGGCAAAUGAAUGCAGCAAGGGAGAUAAACGUGUUGCUUUUUUCAUGAGGAAAGGAGCAGACUGUUUAAGCAAAUGGGUGGGAGAGUCAGAGCGACAGCUUCGCCUCCUCUUUGAUCAAGCCUAUCAGAUGCGUCCCUCUAUCAUCUUCUUUGAUGAGAUAGAUGGACUAGCACCUGUCAGAUCUAGUCGCCAGGAUCAGAUCCACAGCUCUAUUGUGUCUACACUGCUGGCCCUGAUGGAUGGACUUGACAACCGAGGGGAGGUCAUCGUGAUCGGAGCUACCAACAGAAUUGAUUCCAUUGACCCAGCCCUCAGAAGACCAGGCAGAUUUGACAGAGAAUUUAUGUUUUCUCUGCCAUCAAAAGAGGCAAGAAGACAAAUCCUGGCUAUACACACUAAAGAUUGGAACCCUAAACUACUACCUCAGUUCAUCAACAGUGUAGCUGAUCUUUGUGUUGGCUACUGUGGAGCUGACUUGAAGGCUCUGUGUACGGAGGCUGCUCUGCUUGCUCUGAGGAAGAGGUACCCUCAGAUCUACCAGUCCUCAGAGAAGCUUCAGAUUGAUGUCUCCAGUAUCAGUGUCAGUGCCCAGGACUUCCAGGGAGCCAUGCAGUCUAUUGUCCCGGCCUCACAGAGAUGUGUAGCCUCCCCAGGGAAAGCCCUCAGCUGUCACAUCAGGCCACUCUUACAAAACAUUCUCUCAACUGCCCUAGAGGCCUUACAUAAAGCCUUCCCUGUCAGUAUUGCUCAGAUAUCAUCUCAGGACUCUAAAACCCAGUCUCAGGGACUGUAUGAUGACUGGAGUGAAGAUGAGAACCAAGAGAUGAUGACAAUUUAUGAGGGAAAGAGAAGAAGUCGAGUCACAGAUGAAGAAUUCAUGGAUAACCUUAUCAGUUAUUCCAGCAGGAAGCCGUGUUUGUACCGACCCCGUUUGAUCCUGGAGGGUCCGGCUGGUAGAGGACAGACCACACACCUGGGACCUGCCCUCCUACAUCACAUGGAACACCUGUCGGUUCACCUGCUGGAUCUGGCCACCAUGUUCUGUAUCUCCUCCAGGACACCAGAGGAAGCCUGUGCUCAUGUAUUUCGUGAAGCUAUGAGAACCUCUCCCUGUAUUGUUUAUAUGCCGCGUAUUAAUCAGUGGUGGGAUGUCUUGUCGGAGUCCAUGAAAACAACCUUGCUGACCACCAUCCAGAAUCUGGACCCUUCAUCUGCCAUCCUCCUCCUCGCCACCAGUGAAGAGCCCCUCAAACAGCUCGAUCCCUGGGUUAAGGGUAUAUUUGGACAGCACAGUAGUGAAGUGAUAAAUGUCAGUAAUCCAACUGCAGAGGAGAGGAGAGAAUUCUUCCAAGAUCUGCUGCUCAAUCAAACCACAAAGAUAAAGACUGCCAAGAAAAAUAAAGUAAGGGACUUGGAGGUUCUACCCAAAGCUCCAGCCCCUCCUCCCAGAAAGCUGACAGACAAAGAGCUGAAGGCUCUGAGAGAUAAGGAGGGGAGCACACUUCGAGAGUUACGCAUAUUCCUCCGAGAGGUCAUCAACAAAGUUGUCAAAGACAGAAAAUUCUACAUCUUUGCUCGACCUGUGGAUAUAGAAGAGGUGCCUGACUACUAUGAGGUAAUCUCUAAACCAAUGGACCUGUCCACCAUGAUGUCUAAGAUUGACAUGCACCAGUAUCAGACUGGCAAGGAAUUCCUGGAGGAUGUGGACCUGAUUUGUAGUAAUGCACUGGAAUACAACCCUAACAGGGACACAGCUAGUCGAGCCAUUAGACACAGAGCCUGUGCUCUAAGAGACACAUUCCAUGCCAUUAUUGAUACAGAACUGGAUCCCGAGUUUGAAAAGCAGUGUGAGGACAUUGCUGAAUCAAGAAAAAGGAGAGGAGAUGCUGAAACCGGUGAUGUUCCUGCCUUUUAUAUGACCAAAUCUAUGGUGACAAAUCAGGAAAGGUUUAGUCGUCGUGUUAGAGGUCUAGACAUUGAAAAUCAUCAGGAUCUAGAUCAGAUAGAGCGGCAGUGGACCGAGGAAAAGAGGAAACGGUCCCCCGUCAAAAACCAAGAACAGGAGGGGGAAGAGAGGAUGGAGGAGGGGUCAUCAAAAGAGGAGUCCAUGGAAAUCAGAAGUCUAACGUCUCCAAAACAGAAAAUAAAAACAGCUCUGUUCACUCAGAGAUCAUUCACUGUGUCUCCCAAAAAACCCAAGAGAAAAGAAGUUUGGAGUUACACAAAGAGGAGAAGGUUCAAAAGGUUUGGAAGAUAUUCCCUGCCCUCUGUCAAAUCACAACUGAGCAAAAAAUUCGUGAAGAAGAACAUUGUACAAAAGAGUCCAGUUCCGCAUACAGAGACCCUGCAAGUGGACGUCACAGAACUGGAGAAUAGCAAAACUCCCAAAAGUUCCAAAUCCCCCACAGUCCAUGCUCAGAUGUCACCGUCGUGCCGACAAGUGAAAGCCUUAUCUCCCAGAGUAGUGAUUAAUGUCUCAGACAAGAAGGAGGAGAUUGAAAAGGCUAAAGAGGAGCUUCCCCUAAACAAAGACACUCCUAAAUCUUCUGCAAUGGAGGUAGAUAGUGGGAUCAGUAGUUCUGUGGACAGUAAUGGGGAUUCUGUAGACAGCGUAGAACAGGCAAAACAGCUGGCUAAACAGAAAAUGAUCUCUCUGAAUGAUGAAGAAACUCCUGCAGAAAAAGAGCCCCUGGUAUUGAUACCAGAGACAGAGCCAGACAAGUCGACCAAGGUGGUGAUAAACAGAGAGGCCCUGGAGCAGCUGUUAGAGAGAGUGGUGACAAGUACUGAGGGGUUUAACGUGGAGAGGCUGCAGAAACUGUACAGUGUGUUCAGUCAGUGUAUUGUACGGCACAGAGACAAUCACGAUAAAGUCCAUCUAGUUCAGGAGUUAAAAAAUAUAACAGAAAACUUCCAAAGAGCAACCGGCAAGUCCGUGAAAGAAAUGGCAACGUCUGUGUUGAAGGCAGUAAAGUUUGCACGACUACGGAGUCCGUGCUUCCUAGCUCAAAGACAUUGGCUGAGUACCUCUUCAAUUUUACAAAAGCAUCUCAAAUAUGAAAUCAAAGAUGAUGUUGCUGUGAUCACAUUUGAUACACCAGGAUCAAAGGUGAAUGCACUAUCAAGAGAUGUACAAUCGGAAUUUGAAGAAUGCUUCAACAAAGCUUCAAGAGAUCCCAAUGUCCACAGUAUGGUGCUCCGGUCAGGGAAGCCUGGCUGUUUUAUUGCUGGAGCCGACAUAGCGAUGCUAGAGGCCUGUAAAACUGCAGAGGAAGUAGAAACUCUUGCAAAGAAUGGCCAGGCUCUGUUCCAGAAAAUGGAGGACAGUAAAAAACCAAUAGUAGCUGCCAUAAUGGGGCAGUGCUUAGGAGGGGGACUGGAGGUGGCCUUGGCAUGUCAGUACAGAAUUGCUGUGAAAAACAAGAAGACAGCACUAGCUACACCAGAAGUAAUGUUAGGGCUUUUACCAGGAGCAGGGGGGACUCAGCGACUCCCAAAACUGGUUCCAAUGCAAACUGCUCUAGACAUGGUGUUGACUGGGAAAAACAUAAAAGCAGACAAAGCCAAGAAACUAGGGCUUGUAGAUCACUUGGUGGACCCAUUAGGGCCAGGAAUUGAUGACCCAGAAGUCAGGACUCUGGCCUAUCUGGAGGAGGUCGCCAUUGGAGAGGCCAAGAGGCUGGCAGUGUCAAAAACUCCAAGAGUUCCCAGAAAGAAAAAGUUCAUGGAAAAGGCCAUAGAUUUGGUGUUAGCUGUACCUGCAGGGAGGAAUUAUUUUUUCGACAAAGCUAAGCAGGCAGUCAAUAAGAAAACAAAGGGACUGUACCCCGCCCCUCUCAAAAUCAUCGAUGUUGUGAAAAAUGGCCUAGAAAAUCCAGCUACGGGAUAUGAAAUGGAGGCCAAGACAUUUGGGGAGCUGGCAAUGACUAGUGAAUCCAAAGCUCUGAUUGGUUUAUAUUAUGGAACAACAGCCUGUAAAAAGAAUAAGUUUGGUGCACCGAGCCGUCCAUCAAAAUCCAUUGGAGUCCUUGGAGCGGGUCUGAUGGGAGCUGGUAUUGCUCACGUCUCAAUAGAUAAGAAUAUACAUGUUUAUCUGAAGGACAUGUCUCUCUCUGGACUGGCGAGAGGUGAAGAACAAAUCUUCAAAGGUCUGCAGACUGACGUCAAGAAAAAGAAGAUGACCACUUUUGAGAGAGACUUGUAUUAUUCUAAUCUGGAUGCCACAUUAACUUAUGAUGACUUCCAUAAAUGUGAUAUGGUCAUUGAGGCAGUGUUUGAAGAUCUGAAUAUCAAGCAUCAUGUCAUCAAGGAGGUAGAACAGUAUAUUCCAGAGCACUGUGUUUUUGCCUCCAACACAUCAGCAUUACCUAUAGCUCAGAUUGCCAAAGCCAGUCUACGACCAGAAAAGGUCAUUGGAAUGCACUACUUUUCACCUGUAGAGAAAAUGCAACUCUUGGAAAUCAUUACCACACCUGAAACCUCAAAAGACACUAUUGCCACUGCUGUUGAUGUGGGGCUCCGUCAGGGAAAACUGGUCAUCAUUGUUGGUGACGGUCCAGGCUUCUACACUACCAGAAUCCUGGCUCCCAUGUUGGCGGAGGCUGUUAGACUCUUACAGGAGGGUGUUAGCCCGCAGGAGCUGGACAAGGUGACUACAGGCUUUGGCUGGCCGGUAGGAAUGGCCACACUGGCCGAUGAAGUGGGCAUUGAUGUGGCAGCUCAUGUGGCCGAGGAUCUUGGGAAGGCCUUUGGCAGUCGCUUUGGAGGAGGUGACCCUGCCGUCCUGAAAGAAAUGGUAGCAGCUGGGUGUUUAGGUAGGAAAUCAGGUAAAGGAUGUUUUGUGUAUGAUCCAAGUAAAGGCAAAAAGAAGGGAAAAACAGAAAACAUGGAGGCCCUAGCAAUCCUUAACAGACAUCGACUAGCUCCAACAGAGGCAAAUACAACAGAGGACUACCAAUACAGACUGUUCUCACGAUUUGUCAAUGAAGCUGUGAUGUGUUUCCAGGAGGGAAUUCUCACAACACCUGUGGAGGGUGAUAUUGGAGCCGUAUUCGGACUUGGAUUCCCACCAUUUUUCGGAGGUCCCUUCCGCUAUGUUGACCUCCAUGGCGCUGGACAGUUAGUGGACAGGAUGAAGCGGUAUGAACAACUCUAUGGAGAACAAUUCACGCCGUGCCAGUUGUUACUUGACCAUGCUAAAGACUCUUCUAAAAAAUUCCACCAAUCUAAGUGACCUCUAAAUCUAGCAUAAUCAGACUUGAACAAGUGAUGUCAUAUGACAAUCAUGUGACAUUAAUUAGGUCAUCUUAUGACAUUGUGAUAUCUGUUCUCAUUCAAUUCUCAUUUACUGUUUGAUUGUUGGGAAAACUUCAUAUUAUUUUGCAUUAUGACUGAUCAUAUGGGUAUUUAUAAAUAAAAUUAUUUAUAAACAUUA